CGUCUACAGACCGUUAAAGCGCAUGUCAGGCUAAAAGAUAAACGAGAUUUGCAUGACCACCGAGGCUCUCGGAUAAGCUAAUUCUGCCAGGUCUAAAUAUGGGGAAGGCUCUUUCCCACCUGCCUAAGCACAGCUGUCAUGAUGACUGUCAGGAUCUAACCUCAUCACCAGGCUACAGUACAAUGCCAAAUGACGACGUCAAGAAUGGAGAUGUGUCCCAGUUCCCUUACGUGGAGUUCACUGGGCGAGACAGCGUUACCUGCCCCACAUGCCAAGGCACUGGGAGGAUCCCGCGAGGUCAAGAGAAUCAGCUGGUGGCCCUGAUCCCAUACAGUGACCAGAGGCUGAGACCAAGAAGAACCAAGCUGUAUGUGACUGCUUCCGUCAUUGUGUGCCUGCUGCUCUCCAGUUUGGCCGUUUUCUUCCUUUUCCCACGUUCCAUUGAUGUGAACUAUGUGGGAGUGAAGUCUGUAUACGUGUCCUAUGACCAGGCCAAACGCAUUGUGUAUCUCAAUGUUACCAACUCGCUGAAUAUAACAAACAACAACUAUUACUCUGUGGAUGUGGCCAACAUCACAGCCCAAGUGCAGUUUUCCAAGACUGUAAUUGGUAAAACUCGUAUUAGCAACAUCACCACUAUUGGCCCGCUGGACAUGAAGCAGAUUGACUACAUGGUGCCAACCACCAUAGCAGAUGAAAUGAGUUACAUGUAUGACUACUGUACCCUGCAGAGCAUCAAAGUGCACAACAUUGUGGUUAUGAUGCAGAUUACUGUUACCACUGUGUAUUUUGGCCACGCUGAGCAGGUGUCUCAGGAGAUGUACCAGUAUGUGGAUUGUGGAGGGAACACUACAUCCUUGCAUGAGUAUAACCUGAACACCCCUUGGACAGGCUAGAGAAGAGCCUGUUAGUGUAUUGCAUCACCUUGUCCCUCACCUCUGUGUCGUUGUUUCAGCAAAAUUAGUUGAGGGUGUGUUACAUUUCUCUGUCUAUUAACCACCAGAAUAUACCAAGGGUGUUGCAAGUCACAAAUGAUGCACUUUAGUUUCCAUGCUCUCCAAGCAAUAUGAUGAUAAUGAGGUCUGUGCAGCUCUCAUUUCCGUUCACUUUGCCAAACUAAACCCUUAUUGUAAAUUCCCUAUGUCACAAACAUACCUAUUUAAAACCCCUUUGAAAUGAAAUGAUGUAUUUGAAACGUAUUCCUGGUUCAUAUAUUAUUUUAAUUGUUUUGUAGCCUGAUGUUCAUUACACUUCUUAGCGAUGGGAUAAGAUACAAUAAUGAGCCCUGCGUGCUUUGGGAUCUUUAAAUUGAGGUGAGAUGCGCCAUGUGGUGUUUAUUUAAAUGGAAAUAUUAAGAAUGGGUCACCUCAAAUUACCUCUCAUACCUUUAUUUCACAGGGGUUGGUACAGUCUCACUCCAUUAUUGUUCUUUGUGAUGGUGUGCACUAUAAUCUUAAAUUGCUCUUAGUGUGUCAUACAAAAGAAUCAGAGGGAACUGAGGGAACAUCACUGUAGAUAUCACCAGUGUUGGGAAGGUUACUUUGGAAAUGUAAUUGGUUACAGAUUACAAGUUACCCUAUUUAAAAUGUAAUGAGUAGUGUAACUAUUUUUAGUAAUGUAAUUUUAACUGAUUACAUUUGAUUACUUCUCUAAAUUUCAUUCAUGGUGUUGUUUUUUAAAUAUAAAGUUAUAUUCCGCCUAAAAUAGGAAGGAGGGGAGUUUGUUGGUGCCCUGAACUUUACAACUCAAUGUUAUGAAAGAAUUUUAAUAGCUGGCAAACGAGAUUCCAAUUCAAACAAGAACCAAUCAAAACCAUUAGAAAAGCAUUUGUUUACUAAACGGCCUUGGCAGGAGGCAUCUAUGCACAACAGACAAAGCAACAAAUUAAUAUUAUUGAACAUAUCCUUGCUUUUUAUUAAAAUAUUUAGAUGUAAUCCUAUUUGUGAUCAUUAACAUUUUAAUAAGUAACUAAAUUAAUUACACAUUUUUUCUUAGUAACUGUAACGAAGUACAGUUACUUUUAUUUUGUAAUUAAAUUACGCAACGCCACUACAUGUAACUAGUUACUCCCCAACACUGGAUAUCACACAAGCUGCUGUGAAAAAAAGCUUUUAAAAGAUUUAUUUAUUGUGUAUUGCACUUUGAUGGCAAAGUUUCUGACUGUCGGCGUUUAAGAGAUGUGAAACUCUCAAGUGCAGAUUGACAGAUUAAACACUACUGUUAAACAAUAAUCACUAAUCUGAGAGCAUCAUGCUGCUUGUGUUUGUUGUUGUCAAUUUUGAUCAUGAAAUAAAAAUUCUCUCAGAUUCUCUGUGUUAUAAUAACAGCGAAUUCACUCAUGAUCAUUUCAAGUAUGAUCAUGAAUACUAGAUGUAACUAUUUAGAGGGAGAGAAACUUUGAUAAUUUAACACAUUUUUACAUUCUUAAAAAAGACUUAACAUUUUUAGACAUUUUAAUUUUGUUUGUAAAAAAGGCUUAUAGAUGGUCUGUCGAUUCUGUAAUAGAUGUGGCUACUAACGUGACAUGACAUUUUCAUAUUUUGUAACAAUCAUUUGCUUGAUGUAUUUGUUUGUAUGUAGCCCUUUUGAUUUUUGAAAAACAGGUUUGGACUGCUUUAAUGACACUGAAUUAACAUGUUAAAGGCUUUCACAGUCUGGUAUAUAAAACCAUUAAAUAUAUGUUUUGAAUCCUCUGUUCGUUCUUUCUCUUGAUGUAAUAAAUAGUUUGAUCUAAGUGUUA